GGCUUGGCUCGGCUCGGCCUGGCCCGGCACCGCGCUCCCGCCGCCCGCCCGCACYGACGGCUGCGCGCCUCGCCCUAAAAACCCCUCUGUUUUUCAUUUUUUUCCGGAUUUUUGCGUGCUUUCCCCCGCCGUGCCGGGCAGCAUGGGGCUGCCGGCGCUGGAGUUCAGCGAGUGCUGCCUCGACAGUCCGCAGUUCCGGGAGCGGCUGCGCUCCCACGAGGCCGAGCUGGACAAGACCAACAAGUUCAUCAAGGAGCUCAUCAAGGACGGGAAGUCGCUCGUCGCCGCCCUUAARAACCUGUCAGCCGCCCAGCGCAAAUUCGCCGAUUCCCUCAACGAGUUCAAAUUCCGCUGCAUCGGCGACGCUGAGACGGACGAUGAGAUCUGCAUCGCCAAGUCUCUGCAGGAGUUUGCCACRGUGCUGCGGAACCUGGAGGACGAGCGGAUGCGCAUGAUCGAGAAUGCCAGCGAGGUGCUGAUCACGCCGCUGGAGAAGUUCCGCAAGGAGCAGAUCGGGGCUGCCAAGGAUGCCAAAAAGAAAUACGACAAGGAGACUGAGAAAUACUGCGGUGUCCUAGAAAAGCACUUGAACUUGUCGUCCAAGAAGAAAGAAUCCCAGCUUCAGGAGGCUGACAGCCAGGUGGACCUGGUCCGGCAGCACUUCUAUGAGGUCUCCCUGGAAUACGUGUUCAAGGUGCAGGAGGUGCAGGAGAGGAAGAUGUUUGAGUUUGUGGAGCCUCUGCUGGCUUUUCUGCAGAGCCUCUUCACCUUCUACCACCACGGCUAUGAGCUCGCAAAGGACUUCAGUGAUUUCAAGACAGAGCUGACAAUCAGCAUCCAGAACACAAGAAAUCGCUUUGAAGGAACAAGGUCAGAGGUUGAAGCUUUGAUGAAGAAGAUGAAGGAGAACCCUCACGAGCACAAGAACAUCAGCCCUUACACGAUGGAGGGGUAUCUCUACGUGCAGGAGAAGCGUCACUUUGGCACUUCCUGGGUGAAGCACUACUGCACCUACCAGAGGGAAUCCAAGCGCAUCACCAUGGUGCCCUUUGACCAGAAAUCAGGGGGAAAAGGGGGGGAGGAUGAAGCUGUCACCCUGAAAUCCUGCACGCGGCGCAAAACCGACUCCAUCGAGAAGAGGUUCUGCUUUGACGUGGAGGCUGUGGACAGGCCUGGUGUCAUCACCAUGCAGGCGCUGUCGGAGGAGGACCGCAGGCUGUGGAUGGAGGCCAUGGACGGCCGCGAGCCGGUGUACAACUCCAACAAGGACAACCAGAGCGAAGGCACUGCCCAGCUGGACAGCAUCGGCUUCAGCAUCAUCAAGAAGUGCAUCCACGCUGUGGAAACACGAGGGAUCAACGAGCAGGGGCUCUACCGCAUCGUGGGGGUGAACUCCAGAGUGCAGAAGCUGCUGAGUAUAUUAAUGGAUCCCAAAACAGCCACAGAGACAGACACAGAGAUCUGUGCAGAGUGGGAGAUCAAGACCAUUACUAGUGCACUGAAAACGUACCUGAGAAUGCUCCCAGGGCCCCUCAUGAUGUACCAGUUUCAAAGGAGCUUCAUCAAAGCAGCCAAGCUGGAGAACCAGGAGUCCCGGGUGUCGGAGAUCCACAGCCUCGUCCAUCGGCUCCCRGAGAAAAACAGGCAGAUGCUGCACUUGCUCAUGAACCAUUUGGCAAAAGUUGCAGAUAAUCACAAGCAGAACCUGAUGACUGUUGCUAAUCUGGGUGUGGUGUUUGGGCCGACGCUGCUUCGACCUCAAGAGGAAACAGUCGCUGCCAUUAUGGACAUCAAAUUCCAGAACAUUGUGAUUGAAAUUUUAAUAGAAAACCAUGAGAAGAUAUUUAACACGGUGCCAGAGGCUCCAGCGUCGAACUCGCAGCUGCUGUUAUCCCGCAAGAAGAGCACGGAGUCGAAGCCUCCCUCGUGCAGCGAGCGGCCGCUGACGCUGUUCCACACGGCCCAGCCCAACGAGAAGCAGGAGAGCAGGAACAGCAUCAUCAACUCCAGCCUGGAAUCYGUCAUCUCUUCAAACGUGAACAGCUUCCUCAACUCCAACAGCGCUCCCCAGCCCAGCCUGAACUCGAGUGAUCUYGAACUAGAAGUUAUUAAACCCAACAGGCCAAAUUCCCUCAUUAACAGCAGGCUCUGAGCUCCGUGCCAGAACUCUGUACCAAAGCAGCCUUGUCAUCUCCUCCCUCUGCACCAUCGAGCAUCAUCCGUCUGCGCUUGGAAAUGGCAAUGUGGGACAACAGCUCCAGCUCUCCUCCCCAGAGUCACAACUCAGCCUGCUCUCUCUCUCUGAUUCGAGUGGAAAAGCUUUUAGAUGGUUURUGAAAUGACUAAAGCGGGGAAAUAUUCCCACACACGGGAAAUCAGCCAAGCAGCAAAGUGACAAGACAAAGCMAUGUGCUGGGUGUCAUCAGGAUUACAGAGGGACGUGUCCAUGUUGGUGGAAAGAAGAUCCUGAAAUCUGUGCUGAUGGAGAUGGGGAACGGGUAAAUGGAGAUGCAGGGAAAGUCCAUGCUUAAGAAUCUGAGAUUUUUUUGGAUCAGUUUGAGCACAAGCCAUUUUAGCUGCUUCCCUAAGUGUGUCAUUUUUUCCAUCCAAAUGACCACGCAGCAACGUAACUCCUGAGAGAGUAACUCUGCGGGGAGUUUAACAUCAUUUUUCUUGCAUUAAAGUAGCAAGCAGAGGAAGAGCCCUGCCAGCCUGGAGCCCUGUGAGCUGUGAGGUCUGGGGUGGUGC